AUGUGCCCCUCCGACGUCUCAACCCAAUGGCACGCCUUCCUCUCCGCCCUCCCAAAAUGCGAACACCACGUCCAUUUGGAAGGCUGCCUAGAGCCAGAUCUCAUCUUCACCCUAGCCUCAAAGAACAACGUCUCCCUCCCCUCACCCUCAGAAAACCCGGCGUACACCUCAAUCGAAACCCUCAGCGAGCGCUACGGCCACUUCAGCUCGCUAGACGACUUCCUCUCAUUCUACUUCAUCGGGAUGACGGUCCUCAAGACGCAAAGCGACUUCGCCGAGCUGGCGUGGACGUACUUCAAGCGCGCGCAUGAAGAAGGCGUGCACCAUGCCGAGGUCUUCUUCGACCCGCAGGUCCACCUGGAGCGCGGAGUUGCGUAUCGGACUGUCGUUGACGGCUAUGUGCAGGGGUGUAAGCGGGCGGAGAGUGAGCUGGGGAUCUCCACGCGUCUGAUUAUGUGCUUCCUCAAGCACCUGCCGCUGCAGUCUGCGCAGGAUCUUUAUCAUACGGCGCUGAAGGAAGGUGAUCUUGACUUUGAGGGGAGGGACCCCGUUAUUCACGGCCUGGGCGCAUCAAGCAGUGAGGUUGGGCCGCCGAAGGAUCUGUUCCGCCCGAUUUAUCUCUCUGCGAAGGAGAGGGGCAUCAAUUUGACGGCGCAUGCAGGGGAGGAGGGGGAUGCGAGCUAUAUUCUUGCGGCGCUGGAGAAGGGCGCGACGAGGAUCGACCAUGGGAUUCGGCUUGUUGAGGAUCCGGCGCUUAUGGAGAGGAUUGCGAGGGAGGAGGUGCUCCUGACGGUUUGUCCGGUGUCGAAUGUGCAGCUGAAGUGUGUGAAGAGUGUUGGGGAGGUGCCGAUCAGGAAGUUCCUUGAUGCCGGGGUGAGGUUUAGUAUCAACAGUGAUGAUCCUGCGUACUUUGGGGCGUAUAUCCUAGAGUGCUAUUGUGCGGUUCAGGAGGCGUUUGGCUUGAGUUUGGCGGAGUGGAAGACCAUUGCUGAGAAUGGAGUUAAGGGGAGCUGGAUUGGGGAGGAGAGGAAGAACGAGCUGUUGGGGAGGAUUGAUGAGUGCGUUAAGAGGUUUGAGGGUGUUUUAUAA